CGGACGGAAGCUAACAAGCUCGAUCGAGCGCGCGGCUUGUUCGCCCAUUACCGACACGAUCCAGACGCGCCGGCGCUGGAAUUGCUUGACUGGAGCGCCAACGUUCGCGAACGAUAUCGCGCGUUCGGACUGCGCGGAUUCAGUCGGGUUCAGUGUGCCGUUUCAGUAGCAGCUGUUGCCGUUUGUCUCUCGUCGGCCACUCUCUCGCAUUCUGCGUGAAUCCGGAUUCCCAUCGUUCGCCUCCUACCUCGUCUACUUACCGGGACGCGUUCUCGACGAGCGUCUCAAGAUUUUGCGACUUACGCUCGCUGCGAUCAGAAGGCUGACGACGAUGGUCGACAAGCAGGAAGCAAGGAAGCGGCUAACGCCGCUUCAAUGGCAUGUGACGCAGGAAAAGGGCACAGAGAGGCCAUUCACCGGCUGCUACGAUAAGUUUUACGAAAAAGGAAUGUACACCUGCAUCGUGUGCGAUCAAGAAUUGUUUUCCUCGGAUACGAAAUACGACAGUGGAUGUGGUUGGCCUGCAUUCAACGAAGUUUUAGACCAGGGACGCGUUAAACUUACCAAAGACACUUCUCACGUUGGCGGCAAUCUACUACUGCUGAUCGCAAACCCAGAUAUGGUGUGGACCGAGGUGACCUGUUCGAAAUGCGACUCACACUUGGGGCACGUGUUCAACGACGGGCCGAAACCUACAGGGAAGCGCUUCUGCAUCAAUUCCGCCUCGAUAAGCUUCCAUCCGGCGGGAGAGGAGAAAAAGUCGACGCAAUGAACUAUCAUUAUUUUUCCCCACUGUUGCAUUACAUACAUAUAUGUACAAGGAAAUUGUUAUAGAAAUAAUGAAAUGUUUUACUUGGGCGUUAUAAAGUCAGAAUAACGAUUGUUGCCACUGAGAGAUAUUCAGUGAAGUAAGCAAAGUCUGCCAUUACGGAGGGAGAGAGAGAAUGAAAGAGAGGGAAAAUGUCAUCCCUGACGUGCGAUGUAUGAUGUGAAUACUAUCGUUGCUAACAAAAGUUUCUCUCUGCGUCAAGCUCCCUCCCCCUCCUCUCUCUCUCUCUCCACCUUUCGCGUGCAUACGUUUAUGUUCAUUUAAUUUACUAUAGCGUUUAACCGUAUUGUAAACAAUGUAUAUGGCUUGUACAUGAUAAUACAGCAAAUAAGAGGGCUGAAACGUGAGUGAUAAUUAUCAUUCCGCAAUCCUCUUAAUCCGCUAAACAGGAAGGACAAUUCAUAUGAAAGAAAGGAUUUUUUUUGUUAUAAAAUGUUUCCUUAUAUUGUAACGUUCCAAAACAAACUGAAAGGUGUUAUAAUACAAUAUAUACGUAAAGUUCUAGGCAUUA